AAGCCCAAAGUCAACCAUGGGCAAUGCCUCUGUCAAGGCACACCUUCAGGAAGAGUUCGAAAGGGUGUCUGACGGCAAGGAAAUCAUUCACCUCCGCGAGAUCAUCGAGAUCAAGCCGCCCGGUGAUGUGGAGACGCUGUCGCUCACCCACCUCGGGACGCUCUAUGUCAUCGAUGAGGCAAAGAAGGGCUACUUUGAGCUUGUCGACCUCAUCAAGUUUGCUGAUCUCUGCGCUGUCAAAGAGUCUGAGUACUUGCAGAACGAGUUCUCCACCAUGAUGCAGAGCUACUGUACGCUCACGCUGUGGGAGGAUGUGACGACUCCGCAGGGCCAGGACGGAUUUGUCGAUUGGUUCAUCUCGCUCUUUGCAUCAGACACCGACGUUGCGGUCGACGGUGGAAACGGCGUGGUCCACAUCAUGCCCGACGGCGUCCUCACCCUCCACGGCAUCCUCAACGUCGAGAAGGGCUACGGCCUGCCGCUCGACGAGUUCAUCUCGCUCAUGCGCAACGCCGCAGGCGUCGAGACCGUGCUGGAUGAGGCCCUGCUCAAUGCCGUCCCGCUCCCCACCCUCGCCCGCUUUGCCACAUGCUUCAUUCGUGGCUUUGCCUCCAUGAUGGAAGGCCUUGGCUUUGACCCGUCCGAGACCUACCGCCGCACCCCGCCGAGUGCCUCUUGACUCGUUUCGUUGCACGAGUGGGAGGGGCUGCCGCCUCACGAUUGGCCCUGCGUCGACGUGCUGAGCGUGCUCGACGAGUACGAAGACGACAACGAGGAGACCGAGAUAACCUCGGCGUCAUCGCAUUCCUCGCUUCCUGGCACUCUGCCUGCAUCGUGCCCGCUCUCGGCCAGGAACGACCGGACGAGCGGCAGGCCGCCGGCGGCACGCCUACUCCCGGCCUGCGUCUCGGCGAGGAACGACCGCAGAUCGCGCACAAGCUCAGUGUGGACUGCUGACGACGAGGCCAGUGCUGCCAUUUUGGCCUCGUACGCGUUCACAAUGCCCUGCAUGGCCGCCAGCUGGGCACUGCUCCGCGCAACCUCGGCUUGGCUGCUCUCGGCCGCCGUCGCCAAUGCCUCCCGUGCCGCCGCCAGCCCGUCGCGCUCGGUAUAGAGCGCGCCAACCAGCGCAUCCAGCUCUCGC